GGGGCUCUUUCCUUCUUCCGGCAGGAGAAAUGGUCCAGCGGAGAAGGAGGUUGCGGAAGAGGUGCGGCUUAUGGGCAGCGAAUAGCGGUGAAAUCUAAGAGGACGUUCCUGUUUCCAUCAGAGAAAUGUUGGAGGGGAUGGAGUUAUCCAGCUUCUGAGCCAUCUGAAGGCAAACCUGUAAAGGAAAGGGUUUUUUAAAUGUUUAAUGUUUUAUUAUCAUUUUAUAUAUGUUGGAAGCUGCCCAGGGUGGCUGGGGCAACCCAGUAAGAUGUGUGGGGCAUAAAUAGUAAAAUUAUCAUUAUGGAAUAGGACACCCCUAUUUUCAUUGGAGAAAUGUUGAAGGGUAUGUGGAGGAGAGACACCUUUGGGAGAAAAAUUGAGACAUUCCCAACUCCCUCUCUCCCUCCCUGUCCCUCUCAUGUUUACCAAAUUCCUCUGAUGUUCUUGCCCAUCCAUUUACUUUAGUGACUCUUUGUGCAUAUGGCUUGUGUUUCCUUCUUAUUCUAGGCUUGCUUGACCUUUACGGAAGCGGCUGUGGCUUUUAUGGAGGACAGGUGGCACCUGCAGGAUCCCAGCUGAAGAUCUCUGCGCAAGGAAGUCAUGGAGGAGAAUUAUAAGACGGUGGCCUCUCUAGAUGAUGGCCAAAGCAAUGGGAACUAUAGGGAAGCCCCAGAAACACCUGCAGCUGAAGCAGGAAAAGGGAUGUUUGUCAAUCAAAGGGACCCCCCAAACCAUGAACAAAACCAGUCAAAGACUGGGAGCAAGAAAUCAUUGGCUAUGCAGGGUUUUGAUGACCAAGAACCGCUGAUGCUACAAGAAGAUCAAAGCAGGAAGGCAUGUCCAGUAUGUGGGAAAAUACUUAGAGAUAAAUCAGAUUUUAGUAGACAUUACAGAAUCCACAUGGGGGGGAAACCACAUAAAUGCACGGAGUGUGGGAAAAGCUUCCGUUUGCUCAACAGCCUUCGUAAACAUCAGAGAACUCACACAGGAGAGAAGCCAUAUAAAUGCAAGGAGUGUGGAAAGUGCUUCAGUGACAGCAGCAGCCUUACUCCGCAUGAAAGAACCCACACAGGGGAGAAGCCAUUUAAAUGCACGGUGUGUGGAAAGAGCUUUAGUGUGAGUAGUCACCUUACCGUACAUCAGAGAACCCACACAGGAGAGAAACCAUUUAAGUGCAAGGAGUGUGGGAAGAGUUUCAGCGACAGCAGCAGCCUUACUCCGCAUCAACGCACCCACACAGGGGAGAAGCCGUAUCAGUGUGGGGUGUGCGGAAAGAGCUUUAGCGUGAAUAGUCACCUUACCGUACAUCAGAGAACCCACACAGGGGAAAAACCCUUUAAAUGCAAGAAGUGUGGAAAGUGCUUCAGCGACAGCAGCAGCCUUACUCCACAUGAAAGAACCCACACAGGGGAGAAGCCAUUUAAAUGCACGGUGUGUGGAAAGAGCUUUAGUGUGAGUAGUCGUCUCACCGCACAUCAAAGAAUACACACGGGAGAAGCCAUUUACAUGCAAGGAGUGUGGAAGGAGCUUCAGGCGCAGCAGUAUCCUUAACGUACAUCGAAGAAUCCACACACACAGGAGAAACAAUUUAAGUGCAUGGAGUGUGGAAAGAGCUUUAAUGAGCAAUACAUUUCAUCAGCAGAGAAAUUAAAUGUGGAAAGGUUAUUAACAUGAGUCGCAACUGGGAGGAAGACGUCCAAUAAAUACAGGAGGAACUGCAUGUGGAAAAAAUGUGAUAGCUAAAGGAAAUAUGCAUCAUAAGAUUUCUUGUAAGGAUUUGCAGUCUAACAUGGAAGCUUUGGGCAGAGGAAAACAAGUGAGAUCUUACUAGGGUGUUUUGGCAUGAGGGGUUUGUAGAUGGCGAAGAAGAACAGAGAUAAGGUAGCAAAUAGCAUAGCUGGGUGGCCAUCUGCCGUGGAUGCUUUAGUUGAGAUUCCUGCACUGCUGGGGGUUGGAUUAGAUGACCCUUGGGUUCCCUUUCAAAUCUACAACUCUGAAAGUUUCCUUCAAUACCCUCCUUUGGCCUGAUCUAGCUUCCAGGCUUUUAUAUUCUUAAGCAGUUCCUGAUCUAAGCUUACCAAGGAAGUUUUGAAAGUCCCAAGUUAGUACACAAUAUCUAGUACAGUGAUGGCCAAACUUGGGCCUCCAGCUGUUUUGGGACUACAAUUCCCAUCAUCCCUGACCACUGGUCCUGUUUGCUAGGGAUGAUGGGAGUUGUAGUCCCAAAACAGCUGGAGGGCCAAGGUUGGCCAUCACUGAUCUAGUAGAUUCCCUCAUCUGCAUGACCCUAAGAUAUUUAACAGGGACUCCAUGAAAAGCUAACCUUUCAGCGGUAUCACGAUUUUGUUCAUAAAUAAAUAAAUUUGCUUCACUUUGUUUCACCGUGCAAUCAUUGUAUCCUGAGAGUUUUUAUCUAGAGUGUGGUUCUGAAUUUUUGUUUGUGGGUUUCCCUAAUCCAAAAGUGCAAUGCGUUCGCUGGACUUCUGCCGAUUUAUUUUAAAUACAUAUUCCAAACUGAUUUCACUCUCUGGUUGUAUAUUAGAGUUGUGUUUUAGCAACAAUCACAAAGCUGAAUUGGCUUCCCCAGGCAGUUUAGGAAGCUUUGGGAAAGGCAGCAGUUCUGCUGAAGAGCUUGGAGGAGUAACUGCCUGUCCAAAUACAGUCGUACCUUGGUUUUCAAACAGCU